AGUUUCAGCAACUUCUACGUGUCGCACGAUUACGGCAAGACGUUUAUGAAGCACAACGAUUUACUGACAUAUAAAAGUAUAACGACAUCAAUUGAAGACUUCUAUCAGAGUCCCGUGGAUACCACAAGAGUUGGUCACAUGACUUGUAAUUUGUCUAAAUAAUCGAGCGUAUUAGCUGAGUGUGUCGUGUACAUGUAUGUUGUGUAUGUAGGUACACAUGCACUGUAGUUAGACGCACUGCAGGGACAUGGACAGGGAAACAUGUCAAACAUGUUUUGUGUUCUUGUCUGUCUGUUUAGGUGUUUGUCCAUUCGGUUUUGGUUUGUGUGUUUGUUCAUUUCUUGGUUUUUCUGUUUGUUUGUUUGUGUUUUUGUUUUGCCUUUAUCUGGUUAUUUGUCCAUUUGUGGACAGAGGUUUGUAGCUCAUUGUUUAUUUGUUUGUCAGUUGUCCUGCCUGUCUGUUUGCUUGCCUGUUUGUCUGUGUGUCUGUCUGUCUGUCUGUCUGUCUGUCUGUCUGUCUGUUUGUCUAUCUGUUUGUCCAAUACAUAUAUUUCAUACAUUGAAACUAGUACACUCAAACUAAACUGUAAAACAAACAAGCAAGCCCACAGGCCCUAUGCUAAAACUAACUGCUAACGCCUAAACAACUGAAACAAGUAAGACUCAAAGUUACAUAAGUUACACUGAGCAAGUCUCGAAAGUUUUUUAGUAAUUACUCUUGCAUUACACCGUUGCAACGCAACGGAAAUACAGCACCGCCAGUAUACAAUAAAGUCAGUGCUGUUGUUCUGUCCAUUUUCGUUGACUGAAAGGGUUGAUAGAUCACGUAAUAGACUCUGAGCUCUUCCACCCCAACGACCAAAGUGUUCAAACACAACAGGUAUACAUGUUGAAGAAUUCCCAAAAAUGUCAAACUGCUGACCAUAUUUUGUCACUUUCUGCUGCUCUCUUCUAGCUGCAGCUGCACCAUCUUCCUUGGAAGCGAGUGAUAGGAUGUCACCAUUCCAAGGAUGCGCAAGGGAAAUAUCCAAUUCAACGUCAGUGCCAGAUUGAGGGUUGAAAUACACAAUAUCUGGUUGACAAUGGUUGCCAUCAUAUAGGUCCCUAGGCUCUGUUUUGUGAGUAAUGUCGAGAUCACUCAAACAAUUUGCCCACACGUUUACAAUGGAACCAUGUGUCUAGAUAUGUCCACCUUCGUGUUUGCAUGUUAGCAAGUGAUAUCCUUUACUAUCCAGCGAUUGACCGCACUCACAACUAUCAAGAGCUGCAGCAAGGGGCAUGUCACACCCCAACCUCAAACGAGUUGCAAGACAGAGUCGGCAGCAUUCAGCGCAAACUUUGUUGAGGUUGGAAUAGAAUCCAGCCAGGCCCCAGCUCCUUACCUUGCAGUGACCUGAAACGAGAAGCCUCAUGACAAGACUGGGAAUUUUCUUGAAUUGAAGACAUCAUUUGUUUGAAAUGUUCUUGAGAUAGUUUGUGUUGCAACUUUUUAGGAUUGAUAAGGAGAUCUUCCAAAGCCUUAUUUACUGGACACAGGACUCCAUUAAUCAAGCUCUCCAGAGCUGGAAAACUAUGAGGAAGAUCAACCAGACUUCGAGCUCAAGAGGAUACAAAGGAAAUAGAACUGAUAGAUUGCGCAGAUAACAUGCCAAAACCACCAAACCUUAUUGGUAAAGUUGCUUGCAGCCACUGUUGGUCAUUAAGAACAGAACAUUUGAUCAGUUGCUGAAAAGUGGAUCUUGUUAUUUCAUCGUGUUGUCUGUCUGUCUGUCUGUCUAUCUGUCUGUCAGUCUGUCUGUCUGUCUGUCUGUUUGUCUGUCUGUCUAUCAAAUCCAUUUAUUUCAUAAAUUAUUACUACAGCUCACAUCAAUGCAAACUACAAAAUGAUGUCCAGUGAUCACAAACUGGUCGCCAACAAGUAAACCUAGAGCUAACGAAACCCCAAUUUCUUUCUGCCUGUCAGUGUGUCUCUCGGUGUGUCUGCCACUAGCUGUGUCUGUCAGUGUGCCUGUCAGUGUGUCUCUCAGAGUGUCUCUCAGUGUGUCUCUCAGUGUGUUGUGUCUGUCAGAGUGCCUGUCAGUGUGUCUCUCAGUGUGUCUGCCAUUGUGUUUGCCAUUGUGUCUCUCAGUGUGUCUGUCAAUGUGUCUGUUUGUCUUUUUAUUUCGUGUCUUUGUGUAGCUCUUGCUGCUCUCUUGUCGACCCGUCUGUUCACAUUAUUUCUCGUUUGCAUUUCUUUCUCAGUUUCUUGUGUUUAUGAGUCAUUUGCUGAUAUGCAGUGAAUGCAGACUACAUGUUGUAGAUAAACAUGCAUCACUAUACAUCAGUAACUCAACAAUCUCGUGUGCAGCAUCAGUAAUCACGUUAUGGUUUCUCACAGUAUGUCUUUGUUGAUAUAAGCAACAAGCUUAUGUUCUUCACGAAAGAUGACUGUGUGUCCUUCAAGCCGUCGAAGGUUUCAUGGUCACCAACUGUUCUCGUUCUACAUCCCACAUUAUCCGAUGUUAUUGCUGCUAUGUCUACCACGUCAUCGGAACACUUCCAGCUACGAGUCACAACAGAUUAUGGCUCAACAUGGAAGCUCGUGAUGUCAGACAUUAAAACAUUUUAUUGGGGUGUUCCAGGAUAUGAUAGUAAUCAGACAGCUUAUGUGGAGAAAUGGAAUUCUGAUGGAAAGACAUCAAAUGUUUUGAGGAUCAUCGACUUGUUAGCGAUGACAUCAUUUAUGAAGAUUGCAUCGAAUGUGCUUGAGUUUGAAGUGUUCGAUGAUUACAUGUUUGCUGUGACGAAUAGCACACAUGGUGAGUCAUUGUCGCUGUUGGUUUCUCACAAACGAAAUCAAUUCACACAAGCUCUCUUUCCUCCGGAUGCUAAUGGGAAGCCACUGUUGGAAAGGGAGUACUACGUUGCCGAUUCGUCCGAAGAGCAGGCAUUUGUCGCUGUCAACCACGCAUCCAACCACACCAACCUCUACAUCUCAGCCGCAGCAGGCCACAAGUUCUCUCUCUCUCUCGAGCGCAUUCUCUACUACAACGGACAGAGCGAUGUAUCAACCCCCUGGUUACGACAAUUCCUUCCAAUCCGAUUACUUGAUUUCCACCGUGUGGCAUCCCUCCGAGGCGUCUACAUGUCCACUCAACUGGAACGAGGUCUAGUGGGUCAACGACAUUUCAGGACUGUAAUAACGUAUGACAAAGGUGGAGAAUGGGGCUACAUUGAGGCACCAGACUAUGACAACAAGCAUCAGCCACUUAACUGCAAACUGCCCGACUGCUCGCUUCAAAUUAUUAUGCAAUAUGGGCAGUUAUAUCCGUAUCUUCGUGCUGAGGGUGUUCUCUCAAGUCCGUCGGCUCCCGGGCUUGUCAUGGCGACGGGGCUGACGAGAUCGUCGUAUGGUGUUUUUUUGUCGAAUACGGGUGGAGCCACAUGGAGUAAGAUUCUUGAUAAACAGUAUUUUUAUAAUUUUGGAGAUCAUGGUGGAGUGAUGGUCACUGCUAUCAAGGGCGGUCAAACGAAUUAUCUUGAAUACAGUUGUGACGAAGGUCUCACAUGGAAAAAAAAGAAUUUCAGUGACGUUGACAUCUUAGUCUACGGAGUUAUCACUGAACCAGGAGAGCAGACAACCGUCUUCAGUUUGUAUGGCGAUUAUCCCAGCAAACGAGAGUGGGUAAUUGUUCGUAUUGAUCUUCGUCGAGAAUUAGGACAAAAUUGCACUGAAAAAGACUACACGUUCUGGCAUCCUUCCGACGAACGUCAUGACUCUGACUGUUUGUUGGGACGUGAUAUUUCUUUCGAACGACGUCGUAGAGAUCGUGUCUGUUUCAAUGGUGAGAACUAUGAUCGUGCUAUCGUUUCAAAGAAUUGCUCGUGCACACGUGAAGACUAUGAAUGUGAUUUUGACUACGAGGAUCGUUAUGUUGACGGCAUCUGUUACCCAGUCAGUGGUACAGUGUUAGACAUUGCUGUUUCAUCCAGUUGCCCUGCAAGCAAGACAUACACAGUCUCAUCCGGAUAUCGUCGUGUGGCAGGUGACACUUGUAUUGUUGGUGAUGAUGCUAAACAGUAUGAGCCACUGAUCUUGCCAUGUCCUCAGACCGUUUCUAUUAUAGCACCCGGGGUCAAGGUUGUUGAUGAUGAUUUCAUAAUAGCAAAAGAUGCCAGAACAAGAUUCUCAGUAUCAGUGACUGAUCCAGAUGUUGACUCUCUAUUGUUCAGGUGGGAGUUUGGAGACAGCACUGCACCAGUUAGUGGGCAAGGAGACAGUUACUCGCAUCUCUAUCACAGCUACAACAGAACUGGUGACUUUGUUAUUUCUGUCUCCAUAUUUUCCAAGGCUCCAACUCAAUACUCAACUCGUCACGUCUCUGUUCGAAAUGUUCCAUAUUACGACAGGCUGCAUCUCAUAGUCUAUCCUUCACCUGCUAUGAUCAACCAAGAAGUCACUUUUACUGCAAUGUAUGACAACGCUGUUAAGGGUGAAACUGAUUACAUGAUGUACACGUUCGGGAUAGCGGAGCCUGCAAGUAAACCUGUUGUGAUAUCAACGAAUCAGCCAGUUGUGAAGCAUAACUUCACUGUGGCAGAAACUGUCAAAGUGAUCCUUGUCGCCGACAAUGGAGUAUCAACUAUUGACACCCAACAACAGCUGCACAUCAUGGGUACACACACUGUUACUGGUAAAACAGUCAGCCACUCAAACACUGGUCCCAUUAUGGCCGGUGUUCUUAGUGCGAUUUUGGCCGUUCUUCUCAUUGUAUUCGUCAUUGUCUAUUGCAAAUACAAGAAACUGCAGUCGCGUUUCGCACGCAUCACAGCAGCUGAUCUAACAUACAACAGAGAAGAGGAAGAAGGGCCUGCUCUGCUAGAAAGCAGCGAUGAUGAAGACGAAUCAAAACGCAGAAAGAAAGACGGCAACAAUGAUGAUGAUGAACAACUGCUUGUUGCUUGAUCGUGAUCGUUGGCUGUCCAUGUAAACUACAGC